AUGCUAUCACUAUGGCGAGCAACACUUCCCUGCUGGAAGUACCAUCGUCAAGUCCGAGGACGGGAGGAUGUGGAAAACCUGCAGGAAGAGAAUCGGCGACUCCGGAAGCAGAACCUGAACCUCGAACGCAAGUUGCAGGCGUCCCAGGAGCGCGAGUGGGAUGCUGAACAAGAUUACCAGCAUGAAAAGGAGAAAAGGAAGUCUGCCGACAAAGCGCUGAAAACAUGCAUGGAGCAGCUGAACCGUUGCAAGAUAUCGUUCAAACGGGUGACGGCGGGUACUCUCGACAGAAUUGGGGUGUCGCGGAGGAGGAAGGAUUCUGCUUCUGAUAGCAGCAGUGUCUACUCUGGCGACGAUAGCAGCAGUGUCUACUCUGGUGAUGAUAGCGGCAGUGAGGUUGUCAUUUUUUAG